AUUUCAUAAUAAUUUCUUCAAAAAAAAGAAAAGAUUUCAAAAUAAAAUUACUUCAGCAAAUUCGGUCGGUCAUAUCUCGGUAGAAUGGCGGGGAAGCUCAUGCGCGCGGUCCAGUACGACAGCUACGGCGGCGGAGCUGCUGCUUUGAAGGAAGUAGAAGUUCCAGUUCCUAGGCCGAGUAAGGGCGAAGUCCUGGUGAAGGUGGAAGCCACAACCUUAAAUCCUAUUGAUUGGAAGGUUCAGAAAGGCGCGCUUCGUCCGUUUAUGCCUAAGAAGUUUCCUUACAUUCCCGGUACCGAUGUAGCUGGAGAAGUUGUGGAGGUCGGUCCCGGAGUAGAAAACUUCAAACCUGGUGAUAAAGUCAUUGCUGGCUUGAAUGUUGGUAUAGGAGGUGGUUUAGCAGAAUACUGUGUGGCCAAGAUAGAUGUAACAGUUCCUAGGCCUGCUGAAGUAUCAGCUGCUGAAGGAGCAAGCCUCCCUAUCGCCGGCCAGACGGCUCACGGUGCCCUCAUAUGUGCCGGGCUCAAGUUCGACGGCAGCGGCCCCCAGAAGAACAUCCUCAUCACUGCCGCAUCUGGCGGCGUCGGCCACAUGGCCGUCCAGCUGGCAAAACUCGGGAACGCGCACGUCACCGCCACGUGCGGGGCCCGCAACCUCGACUUUGUGAGGAGCCUCGGGGCGGACGAGGUACUCGACUACAAGACCCCAGAGGGUGCGGCCCUGAAGAGCCCGUCGGGAAAGAAGUACGACGCGGUGAUCCAAUGCGCGUCGUCCAUCCCGUGGUCAGUGUUCGAGCCAAAUCUGAGUCCGGAUGGGAAGGUGAUCGACCUCACGCCUGGGUUGAGUACCAUGUGGACCUUCGCCGUGAAGAAGCUCACGUUGUCGAAGAAACAGGUGGUGCCGUUCAUCACAUCCCCCAAGGCGGAGAACUUGGCCUACCUCGCGGAGUUGGUGAAGCAGGGGAAGCUGAAGGUGGUGAUCGACUGCAAGCACCCGUUUAGCGAUGUCGGAGCUGCGUGGGCAAAGAGCAUCGACGGGCACGCUACUGGAAAGAUCGUCGUCGAGCAGUAAUGGAGGUGAUCCUCAGUGGUGUGACAAAGGUAACAAGAAAACGAUCUCUUCCUUGAAGAAUGUGUUUAUGUGUGCAAGGAUUGCUGUAGUGAUUUGCUGUGUACAGUUCUACAAAGGUAUUACUACUGCUAAUGAAUUGGUACUCUUUUAAGUUUAAA